GUGUUUAAAACUUUUUUUAAAAUAGUAUUUGGCCAAGAAUGACACUAAUUUCCAACUCUCGUUCACACGACGGUGAAUGGUGAUAUCUCGCGAUGCUUUGAUUGCUAUGGCGUACCAGGAAGGGGAGUCGCUUGAAUCCUGGCUCAAUAAAGCCACCCAUCCAGCAAACAGACAAGAAGACUGGGAGUACAUUAUAGGUUUCUGUGAUCAAGUUAACAAAGAACUGGAAGGUCCUCAGAUUGCAAUACCGCUGCUGGUCCACAAAAUCCAUUCACCACAAGAAUGGGAAGCUCUUCAGGCGCUGACCGUGUUAGAGGCAUGCAUGAAGAACUGCGGGAGGAGGUUUCAUAAUGAAGUCGGGAAAUACAGAUUUUUAAACGAACUGAUAAAAGUCGUGUCUCCAAAGUACAUGGGCGACACGGCGCCUGAGAAGGUGAAGACAAAGAUCGUCGAAAUGCUGUACAGCUGGACUGUUGCGUUCCCCAAUGAGGCCAAGAUAAACGAAGCCUACCAGACACUGAGAAGACAAGGGCUGGUGACGCGGGAUCCAGAGUUACCGCUGGACCGGACUUUGAUUCCCUCUCCGCCCACACGGCCCAAACACCCCGUGUUCGACAACGAGGACAUGGGGAAGCUCCUUGCUGAGCUUCUCCGCAGCAAAAACCCCGAAGACCUCCAGGAGGCCAACAGGCUAAUCAAAAACAUGGUCAAAGAGGACGAGGUGCGGGUGCAGAAGGCGUCAAAGCGCAACAACACGCUGGAGGAGGUGAAUAUCAACGUCAAGCUCUUGUCCGAGAUGCUCUCCCACUACGAUAAAAACGCCUCCUCGGAGUCCGACAAGGAGAUUAUUAAGGAACUCUACGAGCGCUGUGAUAAGCUGAGGCGGGCCGCUUUCAAAAUGGCCACUGAGGCUGAGGACAACGACGCCAGUUUAGGUGACAUCCUGCAGGCCAGCGACGACCUCUCCAGAGUCAUCAACUCGUACAAGACGAUAGUGGAGGGUUUGCCCAUCAACGGAGACAGCCAGGAAGCUCGUGGGCACGCACGCAGAGACUCGCCCGAGACGACAGACACGUUGAUCGACCUGGCCGGCGCGGACCCCCCGGCGCCCCCGGCGGCCUCCGUCCCGCUCUCCGGCGACCUGUCGGACAUUUUGGCGGACUCGUGUUUCCCCGCCCUGCCGCCGCCUCCCAAGCACCCGCCGGGCUCGCUCGCCAGCCCCGGUCGCUCCCCGCCCGACGAGGCCUCCGACGCGCUCUCGCUUCUCGAUCAUGAGCUGCUGUCCUUAGGACUAAAUGAUGACCUCCCUGCGUUGCUGAGCGACCAAUCCAAACCAAAGCCGGACGAAGCAUCCAAUCAGUGGACUUCCUUACAGCAGGCCCCUGCAUCGAGUACGGACUUGUUUGGGAGUUCCGUGUGUCCCGGUUCACUCUUGGCCCCAGCAGAACCGGCCGCCGCCUCCCUCCGGCACCUUCAAGACUUGGCUAUGAUGGGCUUCCCGGAUCAUAAGAGUCACAUGACAAUGGGAAGCAGUUUUGGGGUGCCCGCAGUAGUUCCUCCCCCUGCGGCCAUGCCAAGCGCCCUCUCCCCAGCCUCUCUCCUCCAGGGCGUCCUCCCCGGCUCGCCUGCCCUGACCCAAAAUCUGACUUCCGUCCCGGGCAGCCCGCUGUUCCGCUCCCUCUCCCCGGCCCGCCCUGCCCUCCAGGGAAGCCCGGCCAGAGCUGCGCAGAUAUCCCUAAGCGACGUACACGUUCCCAUGGAGGCCAUCAGACCCAGUCAAGUGUUGCCGGUCACCGCCUACGACAAGGACGGUGUUCGGGUUCUGCUCAACUUUGCUUCCGACUCUCCCCCCGGCAGACCCGACGUGUUGGUUAUGGUAGUGUCCAUGCUUAACACAGCGCCACUCCCUGUUCACGGGGUGGUACUGCAAGCCGCCGUACCAAAGUCAAUGAAGGUUAAGCUGCAGCCCCCAUCGGGAACAGAACUCGCCGGGUUUAGCCCCAUCUUGCCCCCGGCCUCCAUCACGCAGAUCAUGCUGCUGGCCAAUCCAGCAAAGGAGAAGGUGCGCCUGCGCUACAAGCUGGCGUUCACGUUGGGGGAUGUGCUGUGCAACGAAGUGGGGGAGGUGGACCAGUUCCCCCCGCCAGAGGCAUGGGGACACCUUUAACCAACACACUUACACUCCAGUCUCCGUGAAGACCUAUUAUCAUUGCAUUCAUACAAUUGUAACAACCCAAAAUUUUGUUGGUUUAGUGAUACAUGUUUUAUUUAUAUACAGCUUUUUUUUUUUUCUUUUUUUUUUCCCCCCCAGGUAGCUAACACUGAUGAAGACAGUCAUAUUUAAAGGGGACAUAUUACGGAAAAUUCGCUUUUAAGUAAAUACAGUGCACCUUAAAUUAAAAGUGCCACAACAUGAGUAUUUGUCGCUUGGUCAGUUCGUUUUUUCACACUUUGAUUUUUUUUUCUUUUAAUAUAUCGAGCAAUUAAAUCGGCUGGCCAAUUUCAAUUCAUUCAAAUUCAAUUCAUCGGUCGGACCCUCAUUUUAAUAGACACCAUGUCGCCAAUGUUGAGUGCGAUUGCCCUCCACUGGGCUCCUUUCUUGUCAUACGCAAAAAAAAAAUGUGAAAAUUAUUACGCUCAUUUUUUAUUUGUUUUUCCCUUUGUGGGAAUCAAACUUGCUAGAUUAAUAUUUCUUUGCGAAUGGAGUCGCUAGAGCAGUUGGAAAGUCAUUAAACAACAACCAAAUGGCUAAUUUGGCACCGUUUCAGUAAACCAGUAAACGAGCAGCAGUGGCUCAUUUGCAUGAGACAGGACCGCCCACUCAGAACAGGCCAAUUUCAGUAUGACUUACAAAAUAGUGGGUGAAAACUCAAAAGCACGUCACCGACGACAACAACACAUCGAAGUCAUUUUUUUUUUUUCCUGUUAAUGACUAUAAUGGAAAAAAUAUAUGCGUACAUUUUCAGAUUUGACACAAGAAAAUGAAUCCGUUAAAUGUGACUGAUUUUCAGUAUUUUAGCAUUUUAUUUGUAUUUAUUCACUGUUGACACAAAAUGUCACUGUCUACGUUUUAGCAAACACUUUCGGCUUAAAAAAAAAUAUAUUGUUUGCGAUGACACUUAAGUACUAUAAUUUAUAACGGCCAAUGAAUUGAGUGUCCCACAGAUUUUAUUCCAUUUGAAUCUUGGUUUUAAAGUUGUUAGCAUUUGGAUUAGAAUUUGUCUUCAACCUCUUCCGGUAUUGGGGAGUACAGCGAACCCCUGCAUAUUCGCAGUUUGGCAUUUUGCUUUACCAUCUUGUGGCAUCUUGAUGUUUAAGGAACUACAGUUGAAAAUAUGUUUUCAUACACAGUGUGCAACGUUUCCUUUUUAGGUCAGUUAGGGUUGCCACAAUGAUUUCUAUUUGAGUCACUGAUGGUGUAGUGGUACACUCGGCUGACUUUGGUGCGGGCAGUGUGGGUUCAGUGACGGAGAGUGCGAAUGGUAGUCCGUGUCUAUCUGUGCCCUGCGACUGACUGGCGACCGGUUCAGGGUGUAGUCCGCCUUUUGCCCGAAGUCAGCUGGGAUCGGCUCCAGCGCCCCGCGGCCCUAACGAGGAUAAGCGGUGUUGAAAAUGGAUGAUUUCUAUUUGCUAAAUGCCAGAAUGGGGCAAUUAUUUUCUUCAAAGUCAGAAGUUUACAAACAUAUUACUGUCUUUAAACAAUUUUGGAAAGCCCAGAUGAUGAUCUCAUGUCUUUCAAAGCUCUGAAUGUUGAUUGACAUUUGUGUUAAGAGAAACACCCGUGGAUGUAUUUGAAGGCCCAACGAAAACUACUACCGUACUUUGUGUAACAUCAUGGGAAAGUAAGAAAAAAAAAAAAAAAGAAA